AUGAACAUAACAGGCCUUUUUCUGUUUAAAUUCACAUUGAAAAUAAUUCAUGUAUGUAUUCAUGCAAUCUUGUCGGAAGAUUCAAAAUUUCAAGCUUCUCAAAGAGAAACCGGAUAUACUGACCAACAAGAUCAAGUAAGUCAUCGAUUUGAUCCAGUAGAGAUACAGUCGGCAUUCGGCCUGAAAACGUAUGAAAUCUAUCAAGAUGAUCCACCAGUUGGUAACACUGGUCUGAUCGACACUGAAUAUGGAUCAUAUACAUUGAUCGAUAGUCGUGAACAUAUCAGUUUAGUGAACAGUGCGUGUCAGUUAGCAGCUGAUGAUGGUUUGAAUGUUCAUGGCACAUAUUUUCUUGUUUCAAAAGUGAUUGAUCCAACUACAAUCAUUCCUCAAACGAAAGUCGGCGACGUUGGGCAACUUGAUGUAGAAACAGAAACACGUUUACAAUUCAGUACGAGCCAUAACAGCCAUUUACUAUCAAUGGCAUCGCCACUCUGGUAUGAAGGUCCAAUCGUUUACAAUAUUACAUUAACAGAAAACGUUUACAUCAAUUGUAACGAAGGAAAUGGUCAAUUGUCUUUCAUUAAUGUAAUCGAUAGUCGGACUAUUCUGUAUGCUGGUAAUAUCGAUCAACUACUUUUUAUGAAUAACUAUAUUGCAAAAAAUGUUCCAAUAUCUCUCAUUUCAAUCUGCAAUAGUCGUAGUUUAACAGCAAUGAAUAAUACAAGAAAAACUAAUUAG